CCCUAGCAACGCGCGCGCUCUCUCCCAGCCCCGCCCCUCCCGGGGCGGUGGCGGCCUUUGCGCCUGCGCGAGGCCUCAACCGCCAGUCACCUCUCUUCCCCCCUCCCUUUCCCCUCCCCUCUCCUCCUCCUCCUCUGCUGCCUAGAACGAGACUUCAACAUGGAGCCCGAGGACCUGCCUUGGCCAGGCGAGCUGGAGGAGGAGGAGGAGGAGGAGGCAGCGGCGGCGGCGGCGCCUGAAGAGACAGCGAACUUGGAUGAGAUCGUGGUGGUCGAGGAGGUGGAGGAAGAGACCAGGCCAGAGUUGAACUCCGACUUCAACUACGAGUACCAGCGUCGGGAGAGCACUGACGACGAUGAGGAGGACGAUGAGGCCAAGGCCUGGCUGCAGGCGCACCCGGGCGGGACGCUGCCCCCGCCGCCGCCCCCGAGGUACCGCUACUCGGAGGGAGAGCGUGCCUCCCUGGAGGUUCCAUUGACCUGUCGUGUAUGGCAACAGUCAUUAUAUCAAGGCAGUAGUAGAACACAAAUUUCUGAUACUAACGCUGUCUCUUUGGAAACAACAACUCAGUGGGGUUCUGGGGAUGAUCAGAAAACAGAAUCUUGGCAUUGUCUUCCUCAAGAAACGGACUCUUCCCAAACCCUGGAUACAUCUCAGACCAGAUUUAAUGUGAGAACAGAAGGUAUCGAAGUGACAGACUUCUCUUCUCUCGAGGAAAGUGUAUUGAGCCAAUCAGAAAAUCAAGUAAAGGAAUCCAACAGAGAUAGAGAUCUUUUAUGUUCUCCGUUGCUAGUCAUACAAGAUAACUUUGCUUCUCCUGAUUUGCCUUUGCUGACAUGUAUGACACAAGACCAAGAGUUUGGGGCUGAUUCCUUAUUUCACCAAAGUGAACUGGAGUUUGCACCUCUGAGGGGAAUUCCUGAUAAGUCUGAAGAUACUGAAUGGUUUUCCCGACCAUCUGAAGUUAGUGAAGCUUUAUUCCAGGCUACAUCAGAAGUAGCCUCUGACUUAGUUAACAGUUACCUUAGUAUUUCUCAGCAUCCACUUAUAAGUACCCCAGCUGCUGGGUCUCAGCACUCUCUUUUACCUCCUGAACAAGAGAAUAAGGAAGAGAGUAUUUCAUCUGAUACUGCCGAUGAACAGAAAACAUCCAAAGACUCUGAUAAUUAUGAUGCUGCUUCUUCAUAUAUCUCAUGGAAGACACGAAAAGAUAUGCAGCAGUCAGAAACCAACUUAGUUGAUCAAGUUUCAACUUCAGCUUCAUCUGAAGUAAGUGAAGAAACCGUAGCUUUUAAAAGAAGUGACAGCUUUGAUGCUUCUUGUUCACAUGUGCAAUUUUGGAAACAGGAAACUUUACAGCAGGCAGAAACACAUCCAACUAAUCAGGACCGUGUUUCUUUUCCACAUGAAAUUACUCCUCCUCCUCCUAAUAGAAUGUCAUAUUCUUUCUUGCGAUGUUUGUUGGAAGGAAGAAGAAAAGGGACUCCCUUGACUUCAGAUAGUCGUUACCUGGAGAGUGUUUGUCUAAGGGCCCCAGCUGAGAACGGGGUGAAACAAAAUGUGGAUUCUUUGGGAGGUUAUGAAGGAAAGGAAGAUGUGCAGAAAGAAGUAUCUCCGUGUCUUAAACAAAAGGAGACCAAAAAUAACUUCCUAUCUUCAGAGGUGCAUCCCAGACCUUCAGAAAUACCGUAUAUUGGGAAGGUUAUAGUUCCUGAUAAUUCUGUAAAAGUUUCGGAAGCAUAUGUACUUUCCAGGGGACAUGAUCUUUCUAAGAUGGAGGCUUCUGGUGGUCUUCUUCAGACUGUUAAAUCCAACUUGGAUGAGACAUCAGAACAACUGUAUUUUGAAGAGGAAAGAAACCAAAAGGCAACUUCUGUUUUUGGUGAGAAAAAUGUUGAUGCCACAGAAAAUGUAGCCUUUGAGGCUGUUAUUGCUUCUAUUGAGUCUUCCAAGGAUGAGAGUACCGUAAAUGAAAUCAGUAAGUCUUUAAGAGAUGACAGCCAAGAGAGAGAACCAAAAAGCCCAUGUCUUUCCCCAUUUAACUAUAAUGAUGAAAACUCUUUCUUUGAUGAGCUUAAGCAUCCAUGCUAUCAGUCUACUCCUGGGGUGUUUGAACCAGCAGCUUCAAAACUAUUGUUGCAUAAAAAAGAUGAUGAUGAUAGCUCCCUUUACUGGCAUCCCAGUUUAAAAUCAUCCCCUAAUUCUUUUCAGGAAAUUCUCAUUAAGCCACUUUCUGUUAUCCCAGAGCUUAAGUCACCUGCUUCUUUAAGUGAAAAAUCUUACAACCAGUCUAUUGGUCUUGGCAAAACACAGUCAGCUUUAUUUCAGUAUGAUAUGAACAAUGAAAUGUUUCUUCCCAUAGGGAAGAUAAAGUCUGUUUCUGCUCUUGACCUUGCAGAGAAGGUAGGAUCUUCAAACGAUAUUUAUUCAAUGAAAGUAUCAACUUCUGGUUCUUUGGUUUUACAAGAUUUAAAGCAGCAAACCUUUGAAGAAGUUAUAGAAUCCUCACACUGUAGUUUGGGUCAGGAUGUAGACUUUAGUGACACCACUGAAGGUCUAUCUGCAGCUGUAGGAAGCAGCUCUUCGGCAAACUUGGUGGCAUGUGAUGCAGAGUCACAAGGUGCUUUACCACUGACGAAAGAUGCAUCAUUAACUACAGUUGGCCAAGAGACGUUGCUGAAAGCUGAUAUAGGCCAAAGUGAAAUUCCUCAGCCUACAGGAGUUGAGUCCAGUUUUAGUAUUCAUACAAUUAUGCAAAAUGACCCCUAUUUUGUAGAGGGCCCGCAGGGGAAGGCUGCGUCUGAGAUCAUUACAGUGGAUGAUGGUACUGAGUGCUGUAACCCAGAUGAAAAUGCUGUUGUGUGCAGUCAAAGAGUUGCUGAACUACAAAGAGAGACAUGUGAGCAACAUGAUGUGACUGGUGAGUGCACUGAGCUAGCAGCUUUAGAAAAUUUGCUCGAUGAUCUUUGUGACAGCUCCCAGGAUUGUCAACCUGCUUCACAACAGCCAUCCGAGGAAGAGAGCAAUUAUCAAGAGCCUGUAAGUCAUUCUAAUCUGGGCAUUAAUCAGUCUUUUUCAUCUAUAUUGCCUCCAUUUGUUCCUCAUGAGCCAACCAGAGAGUCAGAAUAUCAUUCUUCAAAUCUCAGAAUGUUGAGGGUAUCUCCUGACGCUGUGCCAAAGACUCUCAGACAUUUAGCAGCAGACGCUUCUAAAGGAGGCUUAGCUGAAAUCACUCAAUCCAACUUGAAAUCAGGGAUUACUACCACUCCUGGAGAUUCAGACAUUGGAUCUCGUUUAUCUUCAUCUCCUGAGGACUUGCCCCAGUUGGUUGUGCAUUCUCAAGAGGCUACUGCUGGUGAACACGCUGAUCUUCUUCACCGGAAGGCAUUGACAGAUAGUCAACUAACUGAAGAGCCCCUGAAAGUUUCCGCUGUUCCUGUCCUAGCUGACCAGAAGACUGGGAUAGCAGCAGUACCUUCUUCUUUCUAUUCACAGAGAGAGAAGCCUGGUAUUUUCUAUCAGCAGGCCUUACCAGAUAGUCAUCUAACUGAGGAGUCUCUGAAGGUUUCAGCUGCCCCUACACCAACUGACCAGAAGACUGAGAAAGGAAUAGUACAACCUAGUUCCUACUCCUAUAGAGAGAAGCCAUUCUAUCAACAGACUGUGCCAGACAGUCAUCUACCUGAAGAGGCUCUGAAAGUUUCUGCUGCCUCCGGGCCGGCUGACCAGAAGACUAGCUUACCAACUGUAACCUCUACUUCCUACUCACAGAGAGAGGAGCCCAGUGUUUUCUAUCAACAAGAGCUGCCGGAGAGUCAUUUAACUGAGGAGGCUCCGAGUGUUUCAGCAGCUGCUAGACCAGCUGACCGGAAGACUGGGACACCAACUGUAGCCUCUACUUCCUAUUCACAUGGAGAGAAGCCUCGUAUUUUUUAUCAACAGGCGUUGCCAGAAAGCCAUGUACCUGAUCGGACUUUGAAAUUUUCUGCUGUUCCUGGACCUGUUGACCAGAAGACUGGGACAACAACAGUACCCUCUACAUCCUACUCACAGAGAGGGAAGCCUGGUAUUUUCUACCAACAAGAGUUGCCAGACAGUCAUCAAAUUGAAGAAGCCCGGAAGUUUUCAGCUGCUCUUGGGUCUGCUGACCAGAAGACUGGGACAACUACAGUACCAUCUACCACCUACUCACAGAGAGGGAAGCCUGGUAUUUUGCACCAACAACAGUUGCCAGACAGUCAUCAAAUUGAAGAAGCCCGGAAGUUUUCAGCUGCUUAUGGACCAGCUGACCAGAAGACUAUAAUACCAACCAUACACUCAUGGAGUGAAAAGCCUGUCAUUUUCUACCCACAGGCCUUACCAGACAGGCAUCAGACUGAAGAGACUCUGAAAGUUUCAUCUGUUUCUGGACCAGCUGACCAGAAGACAGGGAUACCAACUAUAAGCUCUGCUUCCUACUCACAUAAAGAGAAGCCUAGCAUUUUCUACCAACAGACGUUACCAGAUAGUAAUAAAACUGAGGAGGCUCUGAAAGGUGCAGUUGCUCCUGCGCCAGGUGACCAGAAGACUGGAUCCCCAGCUGAAUUGUCUAGUCCCUACUCUCAUAGAAAGCAGCCCAUUCUUUUCUCCCAGCAGACCCUACCAGAUAGUCAUCUACCUGAAGAAGGUCUGAAAGUUUCCGCUGUUUUUGGGUCAGCUGAGCAGAAGGCUGAAAUAGCAGCAGUAUCCUCUAGUGCCUACUCACAUAGAGACAAAUCAGGCAUUGUCUACCAACAGGAGUUGUCAGACAGUCAUCUGGCUAAAGAGGCUCUGAAAGUUGCAGUUGGUGCUAGAGUAGCUGACCAAAAGACUGGGAUACCAACAGGAUCUUCAGGUUCCCACUCACAGAGAGAGAAGCCCAGUAUUUUUUAUCAGCAGGUAUUGCCAGAUAGUCAUCCAACUGAAAAGCCUCUGAAGGUUUCUGUUGUCCCUGGACUUGUUGACCAGAAUACCGGGAUUCCAACAGUACCCUCUGGUUCGUACUCACAGAGACAGAAACCUGUUAUUUUCUACCAACAGACCCUGCCAGAUAGUAAUAUACCUGAAGAGGCUCUGAGAGUUUCAGGUGUUCCUGGACCAGCUGACAAGACAUUUGGGAUACCAACUGUAACUUCUACUUCCUACUCACAGAGAGAAAAGCCCAGUAUUUUCUAUCAACAGAAGUUGCCAGAGACUUCCCUAACUGAAGAGUCUUUGAAACUUUUAGCUGCUCCUCGACAAGCCGACCAGAGGACAGGGAUAUCAACAGCAUCCUCUGCUCUCUACUCACAAAGAGAGAAGCCUGGUGUUUUCUACCAACAGUCAUUGCCAGGCAGUCAUUUACCUGGAGAGUCUCCGAAAGUUCCAGCUGCUCCUGGAUCAGCUGACCAUAAGACUGGGACAGUAACAGUACCUUCAAGUUCCUACUCACUUGGAGAGAAGUCCAUUAUUUUCUAUCAACAGCCUGAUGGCCAUGUACCUGAAGAGGCUCUGAAUGUUUCAGCUUCUCCUGUAUCAGUUGAGCAGAAGACUGGAAUACCAACUGUAAUCUCUCCUUCCCACUCACAUAAAGGGGAGACUGGUAUUUUUUACCAGCAGAACGUAUCAGGUAGUCAUCUACUUGAAGAGGCCCUGAAAGUUUCUGCUGCUCCUGGGCCAGCCGACCAGAAGGUGAGGACAUCAACAGUAUCCUCUACUUCCUCCUCACUUGGAGAGAAGGCCAUUAUUUUCUAUGAGCAGGCCUUGCCAGAUAGUCAUCCACCUGAAGAGGAUCUGAAAGGCCUAGUUGUUUCAGGCCCAACUGAACAAAAGACUGACAUACCAACCUUGCCUUCAAGUUCCUACUCUCUUGGAGAGAAACCCAUUAUUUUCCACCGUCAAGCCUUACCAGGUAGUCCUUUAACUAAAGAAGCCUUGAAAAUUGUAGCUGUUCCUGAGCCAGCAGACCAGAAGAGUGGGACUCCUCUAGUGUCCUCUACUGCCUACUCACUUGGAGAGAAGCCUGUUAUUUUCUACCAGCAGGCACUAUCAGACAGUCAGCUAACUAAAGAAACUCUGAAAGUUUCAGCUGUUCCUGGACCAGUUGAUCAGAAGACUGGGACACCUUUCUACUCACAUAGAGAAAAGCCUGUUAUUUCUUACCAACAGGAGUUGCCAGAUAGUCAUCCAACUGAAAAGGCUCUGAAAGUUUCAAUUGUUCCAGGACCAACUGACCCCAAGACUGGUAAACCAGUGGUAAUCUCUGCAUCCUAUCCACAUAGAGAGAAGCCCAGUGUUUCUUACCAGCAAGAGCUAUCAGAUCUCACUGAAGCAGCUUUGAAAAUUUUAGGGGUUUCUGCACCUGCUGACCACAAAACUGUAGUGACCUCAACCCCUUACUCACAGGGAGAGCAGUCCAUCGAUUCAUACCAGCAGCAAUUGCCAGAUCUGACUGAAGUAGCUCUGAAAUCAGUAGGGGUUCCUGGACCUGCUGAUCAGAAGAUAGAAAUAGCAUCCCCUGGUUCCUACACACGAAAAGAGAAAUCCAGUAUUGUUCAUCAACAGGAGUUGCCAGGUGUUACUAAAGAAGCUGUAGAUGUUUUUGAUCUUCCUGGACUAAGUGACCAGAAGACUGGGAUACCAACAGGACCUUCUGUUAGCUACACUGACAGACAGAAGUCCAAGGACUUUCAUGAACAGGCCUUGCCAGAUAGUCAAGUAACUGGAGAGACUCUGAAGGCUUCAGCUGUUCCUGGACUAGCUGAUCAGAAUAGGACAUCUACAGUACCAUCUAGUUCCUAUCAACACAAAGAGAAACUCAAGAUUUCACCUGUGAAUGUACUAGAUGAUCAGAAGACUGAAUUAUCAACAACUGCUCAUAGUUCCUACUCACAUGGAGAGAAGCCUAAAGUUUCAACUUUGAUUGGACCAGAUGACCAGAAACCUCCGUUACUGACAAGUUUUCGUAGUUCCUAUUCUCAAAGAAUAAAGCCUAGUAUUUUAUUUCAGCAGCAGUUGCCAGAUAGAGAUCAAAGUGGAGAUACUGUAAAAAUUUCAACUGUUCCUGAACCAGCUGAGGUAAAUGCUGGAAUACCAAUACCACUCUCUAGUUCCCAUUUACACAGAGAGAAACCUCGAAUAGUCUACCCUCAGGAAUUGCCAAACAAACAUCUAACUGAAGAUGCACUAAAGCUUUCAACAGUUCCUGGGCCAGCUGACCAGAAAACAGUGUUACCAACAACUCCCCCUAGUUCCUUUUCACACAGAGAGAAACCAAGUAUUUUCUAUCCAAAGGAUUUGUCAGAUAGACAUCUAACUGAAGAUGCUCUGAAGGUCUCAAGUGGUCUUGGUAAAGUUGAUCAAAUAACUGGGUUACCUACAGUUUCCCCUGGAACUUAUUCACACGGUGAGAAGCAUGUUUUUUCAGAACAUGUCCAAAGGCUAAUCGAUAAUUUGCAGUCUUCUGACUCCAGUGUUAUCGCAAACGAUAUGCCUUUAAAUUCUCUGGCUGAUGAUAGGGUUAUAAUAAAUAAGCCAGAGUUUUCAGGUUUUGGGGAUAUUGGCUCUGAGGAAAUCCGGGAUACAGACAGUAGUUCCAAAACUCUCAAAGAAAUUCAGACACUUUUAAUGGAGGCAGAAAAUCUCGCAUUGAAACGAUGCAAUUUUUCUGCUCCCCUUGUCCCUUUUAGAGAUGUUAGUGAUAUUUCAUUUGUACAAUCUAAGAAGGUAGUUUGCUUCAAAGAACCCUCCGUAACUGAUAUAUCUGAUGGCAGUUUGCUUCAGAGACAGCCAUUCAGAGAGGAAAGCCCAAGCAACAAAUGCAUACUGAAGGAUACUGGCACACAGACAAAUUUGAAAUGCCAGAGAGGCGUUGAAAAUUGGGAGUUUAUUAGUUCAACUACAGUUAGAAGUCCUCUGCAGGAAGCAGAAUACAAAGCCAGAGCGGCAUUAGAUGAGACUCUUAGGCACUAUGAAGCAGCCAAAUCAGUUUUGAGGUCUGAACCUGAAGGGUAUAGUGGAACCAUCGGGAAGAAAAUUAUUAUUCCUGUGAUGAGUAUUAUAAAAAGUGACUCAAGUACUGAUACAAGUGAUGGAAAUGCUUCCUGCUCAUGGGAAAGUAAUGUACCAGAGUCUUUGGAAUCAGUUUCUGAUGUUCUUCUAAACUUCUUUCCAUAUGCUUCAGCUAAGUCAAGCAUGGAAGAUAGCAGAGAGGAAGAGGGUGUGUCAGAGAGUGAUGAUUGUGGUGGUAGUAUAGAUUCGCUGGCUGCACAUGUGAAAAAUCUUCUGCAAUGUGAGUCAUCAUUGAAUCAUGCUAAAGAGAUACUUAGAAAUGCAGAAGAAGAAGAGUGUCGGGUACGAGCACGAGCACGAGCCUGGAAUAUGAAGUUUAAUUUAGCACACGAGUGUGGAUACUCCAUUUCAGAAUUAAAUGAAGACGACAGAAGGAAAGUAGAAGAGAUCAAGGCAGAGUUGUUUGGUCAUGGGAGAACAACUGACUUGUCCAAGGGUUUCCAGAGUCCACAGGGAAUAGGAUGUAGCCCGGAAGCUGUAUGUGGCCACAUUAUUAUUGAAAGCCAUGAAAAAGGAUGUUUCCGGACUCUUACUGCUGAACAGCCACAAUUGGACAGUCAUCCUUGUGUUUUCAGAUCUGCCGAACCAUCAGAAAUGAUCAGAGGACAUCGGAGUGCAUCAUCCUGCACAGCAAGGCACAUCAGCCUUUCUCAGUCACCAGACCAGAGUAACCCCCAUUUCAAAGUUUGGAAUUCCUUGCGUUUGGAAAGUCCUUCUCCACUUCGAAUACCUGAAGACUUCAAAAUUAGCAAGAGUCUUCGAAUGCCAUUCCAUGAACCUACUUGUAUGCCACCUAAAGAAAUGAAUUUUCAUUCUUUAUCACAAAUGCUGCCCUCAGAACCUAUGAAAGAGUUUACUACCUCCAUCACUUUUUCAUCUCACCGACAUUCGAAAUGCGUUUCAGAUUCUUCUAUUCUUAAGGUUGGUGUUACUGAAAGUAGCCCGUGUACUGGAGCAUCUAUGGGAGUAUUUAAUUCUCAAGAAGAAAAUCCUCCCAGAGAUCUAAUACAGAAAGCUUCUGCCCCUUCAUCAUUUAAAAAACCUAGUCAUUUACCAAAUAAAACUGUGACUAUUUUAGCAGAGGGUAGUAGGCAAAGCCAAAAAUUACCUGUAAAUCUUGAGCAUUCUCACCAAGAAGAAAAACUCAUAGAAAGAUCAGAUUUUAAAGUCAGUUUUUCUGAGCCCAGUACCAGUGCAAGUUGUAGUAAUUACAAGGAAAUCCAGUUUUCUGAUAAUCAGACCCUCAUUAGCAUGGACAGACCAAGUUCCACAGUAGGAAUUGAGAAGAAUGUAACUAUAAUUCCAGAUCUUCCUUCGCACAUUUUUCUUGAACAACGAGAGCUCUUUGAACAAAGCAAAACCCCACAUGCAGAUCACCAUGUGAGAAAACACCAUUCUCCCCCUUCUCCAGACAUUCCUUCUUCCAUUUUUCUUGAACAACGAGAACUCUUUGAACGGUGCAAAUCCCCAUAUAUAGAUCAUCCAUUGAGAGAAAGCCAUUCUCUCUUUCCUCAAGGUCAGGAAUGUAUAGCUUCAGACCUUCCUUCUCCCAUUUUUCUUGAACAACGUCAAAGCAAAGCCCCAUGUAUAGAUGACCACAUGAGAAAACACCAUUUCCCCCUUUCUCAAGGUCAGGAUUGUGUAGUGGAAAAGGAUAAUCAACUUAAGCCUAUUUCAUACAUUUCUAAUAUAAAUGUUGAAGCCAAGUUCACUAAUGUGGUCUCCCAGUUGGUUCCAGAUCACUGUACAUUAGCAACAUCUGCAUCUACUCCACCUUCAAAUAGAAAAGCACUUUCUUGUGUUCGUAUAACUCUUUGUCCCAAGACUCCUUCCACGUUGGAAAGUGGAGCAUUAGAUAAGCGAUUUCAUUCAUUGGAUCCUGCAUGUAAAACAAGGAUGAAUAGUGAGUUUGACUCUGACCUACAAACUCUGUCUUCAAGAUCAUUGGAACCAACCUCCAAAUUACUGACCUGUAAACCUGUAGCACAGAAUCAAGAAUGUUUAGAUUUUCUAGGACCUAUUUCUCCAUUGGACUUCCAAGUCAUACAGUCUCCUCUUCCAGAUAGUAGUACUAUUACUCAGAAGUUGAAAACCAUGCCUUCUCAGAAUAGCCAGUUAGUAACCUCAAGGCAAAUACAAGUGAACAUUUCAGAUUUGGAAGCAUAUUCCAGUCCAGAGGGGACUCCAGUAUCUGCAGAUCGCGUGGGCUGGGCCAGAGUCAAGGCUGGCAGUGGAGACUUAAUCCAAAUCUCCCAUUUGUGGCAGAAACACACUUACUUGAGUCAUCACUGCAUUAACAGGAGCUGUAGUCAGCAGCGAGAGCUGAGCAUCAAACCCAGAUUUCUAGAGGAGAGUAAGACCCCUUUUUCUGGAAAAAUAUCAUCUGAUGCCGUCACUCAGAUAACUACAGAAAGUCCAGAAAAGACCAUGUUCUCAUCUGAGAUUUUUAUUAAUGCUAAAGAUGAUGGCCAUGAAAUUCCAGAGCCCAGAACCCAAAAGGUACCCAAACCUCCUGUCAGGUUUGCUUCAUCAUCCUCAGUUCAACAGAUCACUCCUACUAGUGGCACGGAUGCCCAGCCUGAACUAUUGCCAUAUAAGCCAUCUGGCAGUUCGAAGAUGUUCUAUGUUCCACAGUUAGGAAAGACUCCUUCAUUUCCAGAUUCCAAAUCAGACACCACCAUUGAGAGCUCACAUUCAGGAUCCAAUGAUGCUAUUGCUCCAGACUUCCCUGCUCAGGUGCUAGGCACAAGGGAUGAUGAACUUCCAGACACUGUAAACAUUAAACAUAAAGAAGGGAUCUAUAGUAAGAGGGCAAAGUCUAAGCCAUCCUUGUCAUUGGAGAAAAUUCCCUUUCCAAAAGAUAAUGCAGAUUCUUCAGUUCCACUGCCCAUCACUGGGGAUGAGAACCUUGCAAACAAAAAGCAGGAAGAGGAGAUCCACAGUAAAAAGGCAGUGCCCAAAACUGCCCAGCCGGAAGAAAGCAAACCCUUGCAGAAGGAAGCUGCAGGUUCCGGUGGUCCUACUGCUCCAGAGCACUCAGCUCAAGUUCAAGACACAAAGUUGGGCAGCCUACCAGACUCUAAGGUCAUUAAACAGAAAGAGGAGAUCCAUAUGAAGGGCACUAUUCCCAAGAAAGCCUGGCUAGAAAAUAAAGAGUCCUUAGAGAUAGAUAUUGCAGAAUCUGAAAGUCAUUCAGAAUUUGAAAAUACUACCCAUUCUGUCUUCAGGUCAGCCAAGUUUUACUUUCAUCAUCCAGUGCACCUAGCAAGUGACCAAGAUUUUUGUCAUGAAUCUGUGGGAAGGAGUGUGUUAGUGCAGCAUUCUUGGAAGGAUUUCUUUCAGCAUCAUUCAGACAAGCAUAGAGAACACACUUACCUUCCUCCCCCAUUUCAAAGUGUGGACAAGACUCAGACUGAUUAUACCAGAGUAAAGAGCCUCAGCAUCAAUCUGAAUUUGGGAAACAAAGAAGUGAUACAUACUACUAAAAGUCAGGCUAGAGAUUAUCUGAAAAGUAGCAGACAAAUUAAUGACCCAAAAAAGGAACAUAAAGUCACCCGAGCGGUAACAACCCAGCAUACCUCAAAUCUAAAUGAACUCUGGAACAAGUAUCAGGAACGACAAAAGCAACAGAAACCACCUGGGUUCAUUGACGGGAAAGAACUGUCUUUGGUGGAGCGACUGGAUCGCUUGGCUAAACUUCUUCAGAAUCCCAUCACACAUUCUCUCCAUGCCUCUGAAAGCACACAAGAUGAUAGCAGAGGGGAGCGCGAUGUUAGGGAAUGGAGCGGUAAACAUCAACCACAGAAAAGCAAGCUUCAGAAAAAGAAGCGGUAUAAAAGCCUAGGAGAUCUUAAACAUAGAAACAUAAGCGAUCUUAAAAAAAGCAAGGUGCUUUCCCAUCAGGCUGGGAGGCCCAGUCAGAUUAAAAUUGAACAAAUUAAAUUUGAUAAAUACAUUCUGAGAAAACAGCCAGGUUUUAAUUAUAUAAGCAACACUUCUUCAGAGUCUAGGCCCUCAGAGGAAAGUGAGCUACUCACAGAUACCACCACCAACAUUCUUUCCACCACCACUUCUGUGGAUUCAGAUAUAUUGACCCAAACAGAUAGAGAGGUAACUUUGCGUGAAAGGAGUAGUUCUAUUUCCACCAUUGACACGGCCCGUUUGAUCCAAGCUUUUGGCCACGAAAGAGUAUGUAUGUCACCCAGGCGAAUUAAGUUAUACAGCAGCACCACCAACCAACAGAGAAGAUACCUUGAGAAGCGGUGUAAGCACAACAAGAAAGCAUUGAAUGUUGGGCAUCCCCAAAUGACUUCUGAGCACACGAGAAGGAAACGCAUCCAGGAGGAAAACCAGAUGAUUUCUUCUGACUCUGUUUCAUCUUCUGCCGGUACUUUCUUGAGCUCAAACUCUACCAUUUGCAACAAGCAAAAUGUACACAUGUUAAACAAGGGCGUACAAGCAGGUCACUUGGAGAUUGUGAAUGGUACCAGAAAACACACUCGAGACGUUGGCGUGACUUUCCCGACUCCAAGUUCUAGCGAAGCCAGAUUAGAAGAGGAUAGUGACGUGACUUCCUGGUCAGAAGAAAAAAUUGAGGAAAAGAUGCUCUUUGCCAAUUAUCUUGGAGACAAAAAGUUAAGGAAGAGCAAACAGAAUUGCUGUGAAGGAGUUUCAUGGUUUGUUCCUGUGGAAGAUGUGAAGUUUGAAUCUAAGAAGGAAAACCUGCCCAAGAUUUGUGGCCCCGGUGUCUCCUGGUUUGAACCAAUAACCAAAAUCAAACCCUGGAGGGAACCGCUGCGGGAACAGAACUGGCAGGGACAGCGUGUGGCCGAUUGGGGGUUACUGGCAGGCCCAAGCCAAGAUCAUGGUCGGGACACACCAAGGCCGUUUGUGAGAGCAACUCUACAGGAAGCACUGCAGCUCCACAGACCUGACUUCAUCUCCCGCUCUGGGGAGCGGAUAAAGCGCCUGAGGCUAAUUGUGCAGGAACGGAAGCUGCAGAAUGUGUUGCAGAGUGAGCGGCAUGCGCUGUUCAAUGCCCCGGCCCCACUGCCCGAGAGAGUGUUCCUGGCUGCCCAGAAGACCAAGCCUAUUGGGAAGAAGGAGAUGAUUCAGAGAUCUAAACGGAUGUAUGAGCAGCUGCCAGAAGUCCAGAAAAAGAGAGAAGAGGAGAAGAGGAGACUGGAAUAUAAGACGUACCGGCUGCGAGCCCAGCUGUAUAAAAAGAAAGUGACCAAUCAACUCCUGGGGCGGAAAGUCCCCUGGGACUGACAAGAUUAUUUUCCUUAGAGCCCUAUUAUAUUUUGUGAACUCGGAGAUGUACAACCCCUACUUUUAUGAGUCUGGUUUAAAUAAAGCUCACUCUGUCCAUGUGUAAUUCACAAACAAUAAUUCACUAAAGAGCCCAGGAUGGGUGCUGAUGAAAGCCAGCGCUGGUUUGGGAGCAGAACUUCAUCCGUGGCGGACUCGCGCCCACGCGGGUUACGUGUCAUGGUGAUACUCUGUCUUCAUUCCAACUGGAAAUGAGUCCCUUUUUCAAAUGUGUUUUUAUACUUUUAAGAAAAUAAAUAACUUUUGAUUGACUUGCAGUGAA